AUGGUCGUAGUGGUGAAGGGUGGUGUUGUAGAUGUAGUGGAGGUGGUGGUGGAUGGUGGCGAUAGAAUGAUGGUGGUGCUAUUGGCGAUGGCUCGACAUGAUGGUGGAGGGUCAGGUAGCACUGGUACUGGAGGUCGGUGUUACCUAUUGGCAGUGGUCGCGGUGGUGGUGGUUGUUACCGAUGGUGGUAAUGGUGGAGGCGAUGGAACUGAGGGUUAUGAAGGAAGAGUUGGCGACAAUGACAGUGGUGGUGGUUCCGGAGGCGACAUUGGUGGUGGUGGUGGUAACGGUGGUCGUGGCGGUAGCAACGAUGGUGGCGGUGAACGAUUGUGGUGGAGGUGGUGGUGA